AUUUCAUCAGUGCGGCUCCUUAAUCAGAUCUGCAGUGCUGGUCAAACUCAGUCACGCUGGGCUGCUUGACCCGACACUUCCUCUGUCAGCACGUGCUGAAUCAAACUGACUGAACACUUACGACGCGUCUGUCUGAACUAACGUGUCACUUCAUAUGUUGGAUUUAGGCAUGAUUUUUUUGUGUGUGUGGUUUUGCAGCGCUGUCUUGCGGACAUUGUGACAUUGCACCCGAAAGUUUCAUGGAGAUCCGGUCGGAUGACAGCUGGAACUGUGGUUAUAACCGGAGGAAUUCUCGCGACGGUGAUACUUCUGUGUAUCAUUGUCGUGCUCUGUUACUGUCGACUUCAGUAUUAUUGCUGUAAGAAGAAUGGAUCCGAUCCAGAUGCUGUUUGCUCACAACCCCAGUUUGCCUGCAACACAUGCAGCACAUCUAGGUUGGACGGGGUCGCCUCUAACCCACUCUCCCUGUCGCCGGAGCCCACGCCACCGCAGAGCCUCUGCCCCACCUGCUCCCCAUACAGCUCUCCAUUUUACAUCAGCACCAUGGACGAAAUGCGGAACGGAGCCGAACGGAUCACUUACAUGCCAUCCCACUAUGACAGCCCGUGCCUGUCUCUCACCCUUCCCUCUUUGCACAGCGCAUCGCUGAGCUCUCGAAGCCGUCCAGACCUCAACUCCAACACGCGUGCCAUAAGCACUGAUGUCUGAUCAGUGACGUCCACCGAAAUCACCCCUAAUGUUUCUUCUGUGUACAAAACAGUGAAUCAAAAUUGAAAUCAAUAAUGUUUUAUAGAAACCGACAC